AUGGCGGCGGCCGGGCGCGGCGGUGUCCUCUGGCGGCAGGCGGCGAGCCGGCUGUGGGCGGUGCGGGCCGUCGCGGCGGCGCCCCCAGGGGCGCGUGCGGGUAAGAAGCAGUCGGGAGCGGGGGACCGCGGCGGGGCGGGCGGUAUCCUUGUGGUCCGCGGGCCUGGGGCGCCGGGCUCUUCGGGUCUGACCAAGGAUCAGCUGCCCGGGCCCUACCCACGCACGGCGGAGGAGCGGGCGGCCGCCGCCAAGAAGUACAACAUGCGGGUGGAGGACUACCAGCCCUACCCUGACGACGGCUUCGGGUAUGGUGAUUAUCCCAUGCUCCCUAAUAAGUCCAUACAUGAGCGAGACCCCUGGUACCAGUGGGACCAGCCAGAUAUGAGGCGCAACUGGGGAGAGCCGAUGCACUGGGACUUUGACAUGUAUAUUCGGAACCGUGUUGAUACAUCCCCCACUCCAAUUCCGUGGCAUACUAUGCGCAACCACUUCCUUAUUUUUUUUGGUGCCAUGCUGGUCAUGUUUGCUCUUGGAGAGAUCUAUCCAUCUUACAGGCCUGUGGGACCGAAGCAGUAUCCCUUCAAUGACCUGUAUCUGGAGAAAGGAGGAGACCCCAAUAAAGAGCCACCAGCUGUGAUUCACUACAAAAUCUGA